CAUUUAUUUUUUAAAAACAUGUUAAGAUUUAAUCAAUAUAAUAGGAAAUCAGUUAAAAAUAUAAUUUGUGUUCCAUAUUGGGAAUUUAUGUUGAUGAAAAGAUUUAAACAUCAACAUAAUAUGAAGAAAUGGUAUCAAACUCUAGAAGUUGCAGAAGAUUGUGAAGAUGAGACAUUAAGAUUAGCAUUUGUUUAUCAAGCAAAAAGAUUCCAUCCAGAUAGUGGUACAUCAGAAGCUAAUGCAACUAAAUUUUCUGAAAUUGAAACUGCUUAUAGACAAAUUCGUAAAGCAAGAAUAGAAAAGAAAGAAAAUUGUACAAAUCUACCUGAAGUUGAAGAAUUUGAUAUUAAACAUACUGCACCACAACAUCGUCAUUAUUUAGUUUAUAAUGUAGGUAUUGGAACACAUAGCAAAAGACAAAAAUUAUAUACAAUGGAAAGAGCUCAAAAAGCAGUUGAUAGUGUACUGGAACAUAGAUUAAAAAAAUUACAAACUGAAGAACGUAAUACAUUAGUUGGAAUGGAUAAACAACAUGCAAAAAAUAUUAAAACACGUUUUGGUAUGGAUCGUUUAGUAGAAGAUUUAAUUCAAGAAGCAAUGAAUAGAGGUGAAUUUAAAGAUUUACCAGGAAUGGGUAAACCAUUAAAAGAGAAUACAAAUACUCGAAAUCCAUAUGUUGAUUUUGUUACUUACAAAUUAAAUGAGAUAUUAAUAGAAAAUGGAUUUACUCCGGAAUGGAUACAAUUAUCUAAAGAAAUUAGAGAAGAAACACAAGAUUUACGAAAAAAAUUAAUAAAUGCUCGUAGUAAAGUUGGACAUAUUCCAUUAAAUUAUAAAGAUGAAAAAACUUGGAAGAAUAUUGUAGAAAAUUUUAAAUCUAAAACAAAAGAAAUAAAUAUUAAAAUCGACAAAUACAAUUUAUUGGUACCUAUACUUCAGAAACAAAUGCUUCAUGUUAAAUUAGAGGAUCUUGCAAAAGAAGCACUUUCGACACCAGCACAAGAAACAUUAAAAGAAAAAGUAAAUUCUGAUAUCUCUGUCGAAAGAAAGGAUAAUUUAUUAACAGGAAUGAUAUCUUCGAUUUUUAGUAAAUAAUUUUAUAGAACAUA